GCGCCGGGGCCGGCAGGCGGGCGGCCCCUUCCGGCGGUGGCGAGGAUGGCGGCAGAGAACCACUGUGAGUUCCCGGUGCCCCCGGCUGGCGGCCUCGGUGCGGGCGGGCCCUGCCGUCGGUGUAGCUCGGCCCCGCUGCCCGGCUCGGGGCCCGGCAAGUGGGUCCGGCUGAACGUGGGGGGCACCUGCUUCCUGACCACUCGACAGACGCUCUGCAGGGACCCUAAGUCCUUCCUCUUCCGCCUCUGCCAGGCCGACCCCGACCUGGACUCGGACAAGGAUGAAACAGGUGCCUAUUUGAUAGACAGAGACCCAACCUACUUUGGGCCAGUGCUGAACUAUCUCAGACAUGGAAAACUGGUUAUUAACAAGGACCUAGCUGAGGAAGGUGUACUGGAAGAGGCUGAAUUCUACAAUAUCACAUCUCUAAUAAAACUGGUAAAGGACAAAAUAAGAGAAAGAGACAGCAAAAUCUCACAGGUGCCAGUCAAACAUGUAUACAGAGUGCUGCAGUGUCAGGAAGAGGAACUCACUCAAAUGGUUUCCACAAUGUCUGAUGGCUGGAAAUUUGAACAGCUUGUCAGUAUAGGUUCCCAGUACAGCUUUGGCCGGGAUCAGCAGUCAGAGUUUCUGCUGAUAGUGUCACGGGAAGUGAAAGGGGAAGAGAGAUGCUUCCAGAAAUGCUGCAGUGAGCUGGUCAGUAUUGGUUCUUCCUAUAACUAUGGCAAUGAAGAUCAGGCUGAAUUUCUGUGUGUUGUCUCAAAGGAAUUGCAUAACACUCCUUAUGGCACAACCAGUGAACCUAGUGAAAAAGCAAAGAGUGAGGAUGAAGAAACGGAUUACGAUAUGAAUGACUCAGAUUAAGUGUAAAUGUCAUGAUUUUGCAAGAACGAGGUUCCAGGAUGUGAAGACAGUAUUGAACGGUGACAGUUUUUUUCUUUUAUUCGAAGAUGGAGUGAAUUGUCACACUGAAGAAGCUUGGCUGCAAAAGAAAAAAUCUGAUUUAGACAAUUUUCUGUUGAUCUGAGUUCAACCAUAUUUGCCUAUAAGCUGGUGUCAACUUCUGGAAGCAUUGCAAGAUUGCAUAAUGGGAAUAGAUGGUGUGGGAGUGUGUGUUAAGUUUUGGUUGUAGUGCAUGGUUGUACUCUCUUGCUGGCUGAUUGACACUAGUCAUUUGAAAAGAAAUGACCAUGCACUCAUAUUUUCCUUGGAGACAUGUAGCACUUAAUGCCUGGUGCUGGAUGACCCGAUGUUGAUCAGUUUGGAGACAUUUUCCUACUAGUCAUUGUAAACCUUAAAAGGACAAUGUAAUUGGUGCUACACACACACAAACACACACACACACACACACACAUAUAAAUGUUACAGCCCAGAAACACAAGUAUUUGGGCAUACGUUGUUUCAGAAUCAGUGUCAGCCCCAGUUGACUGUAUUAUACUGCACAUUCCUUAUGGCUCUGUGACAUAAUCUAUUAUGUAAUAACAGCCUAGGAGAUCAACUGAAACUAGCACACGUAAAAGUUACAUAACAGAGAAAAGGUUUCUCUGAAGGAUGUAUAUAUAGACUGGAUGUAUAGCUUCUUUUAAUACGCUACGGGAAGACUAAACUCAGAGAAAAUGGCUUUCCUCUGAGUUAUUUUUGAUGUUCCCUCUGUUAAAACAGUCUCCUGUAAAAGUUAUGCUCCAGUCCUGGUCACAUGCUUGAAAGUGGAAUCAAAAUUCACUGAAAAUGACCAACUGAACAUCCUGUUUCUUUGGAGGUGUUUGUACUCAUAUGUGUGUUUGUGCUUUUAUAAAAUGCUUUUAAGCAUUGAACUGUGUGGAUUAGGGUAGAGAUUUUUCAAGAGCUGAAGGUUUUACAGAAAUACAGCUGGCUAGUCCUAGGUCCCUAUCUCUAUGACUCGAAUUAAAACCAACCUUAGUGUGAACAUAAACUCAUCCAGUUGAAAAACCUGAUUACUUUGGAUAUUCAGGAUACCUAUAAUCAACCUUUCUCUUUCUAUACAGUUUCAACUAUGCAGUUAAGAACAGUGUUUGAACAGAAUGUGGAGCAGCUUUGUUAGUUUGCCCUUGAUAAAGGCUAAUACACAAGACAUACACUAUGUUUUGAGCAAGAUCUUUAGCACAUCUUCAGAACACUUAAUGAAAUGGACAGUAUAAAACUUGGCUUCAUUGACUCAUGGAACCAGUGGAAGGGAGUUUCAAAAAGCUACAAGAUGGUUUUAAAUUCUAAAGACAUUACAGUUUUCAUUCUUGGUGAUUUCAGAAUUUAUGCAUAUACUGUAGGUUAUCCUUUACACAAAAGCCUGAUUUUCAAACACCCAGGGUCUACUUUUUUAAAUUUUUUUUAAAGGACUUAGACAUUGAUAUAAGUUUGGCAAAACAAUUUGUAAGAAACAUUUCUACUAAACAGGUUAAGCAAUGGGCUAAAUGUUUUGACCGUGUGCCUAAUGCUUGAAAGGAUUUGUAAUGCAUUUUGCGACUUGGAUGUGGUCUGCACGGGAAGCUGCUGGCCCCUCCACAACACAUACAAUUUUUGUCUUUUUUUAAGAAAUUAAAACUGAAUUAAUUUACUAAAACUGUAAUUGUGUAGGGGGAAAUGUUUAUACUUUUAUACUUUUUUAGGUACCCAUAUUUUAUCAGCUUAAAUUGAGCACACAGAUGUCCCCUAGUGACAGAUCAUCUUGUGUAUCUGAAAAUAGGCAUAAUAACUGUCUGUGUUAACUGCAUAUUAAAACAUUUCCUCUGCUGCAGUAGUCACUAUGUUUUUAAGCAGUAUGACUCCACCAAAUUCUCUGAGCUUCCCACCUCAUGAAAUUGCAGCCAACUGUGUUACUUGUUGUUUUCUUGACGUGCUCUACACAACAUUGAUCUAAGUGAAUUUUAAUGCCUAAAACACCAGUUUUACAGUGAUCCUUCAGAAUCAGCAUUUGUGUUGCCUCUCUUAUUAAACCUGAAAAGGACAAACUAUGAAAUAAAGUGAAAUUUUCCUGAAUGACAUCAGCAAAGCAUGUGUAACAAACUGAGCAAACUGAACAAAUUCAGAGUAUGUAAAAUAGUGUUUUUGUUUAAGUACGGGGUUUUUUUCCCACUGGAAUAUUUUCGGUUCUAAAACCUGCUUUUAUGAUGAGAUUACCUGCAGUUUAGUUUACAUUGUAUCCCUGUCGUAGCUAAUUUUAGGGAAAUGAGUGUUUGAUACUUUUUUGCACUUUCUUUCCAAUACCUCGCAAAUAUUUGAAGAAGGAGAGAAUAGAGAGAAUAGAGAAACUUGAGUAGGCAGAUACCUUGUAAAUUAUUUUAAAUACACUGUUGUUUGAGGUAUCUGAAGUACCUAGUUUCCUGUUCUCGCUAUUGCCAUUAUUGCUUUAAUUUUUGUGAUCAUGUUAGGCUUUCUGAUAGAUGAAAAUGCUCUCUUCAAAUUUCUUCAAGGUAUUAAGAAUUUAUCCCUAAAUAAGUUUUGUUUCUUUUUGUUUGACAGUUGCAUUUUCAAAUAAAGUUAGUGACUUUAACGAGGUAAUUGCAUUAGGGUCUAAUCUGCAUCACCAGGCUUUGCAAAAAUUGCUUUAUCUGUUAAGAUCUUGCAGGAUGAAGUAAUGUACCUGUAUAAUUUAAACUGGAGUCCUUUGUUCUUUCUCAGCCCUUUGGAGAGUACAUAGCUGAGAAUUGCCUGUGACUGUGCAGAGCUGCGGGUUCACUGGAAGGAACUAUCAGUUCACUGUCACUAUUUUGCUGGAACUGCAAAGCUGUACUGCAAACCCCUUGGACUUUGGACAUACACAAUUCUUGCACUCUAUUCUUAAAUCAGAAUCACUAUUAUCACUUAAAUCACACACUUUAUUCUUAAAUCAGAACAGUAAUCCAUGUUAGAACUUUAGAUCCUGAGCUUGAAGAGCUCAUAGAAGAAAUAAAGCAGGAAGAGAGAGAGAUGAAAUUCCUUAGAGGCAUUUACAUGACAAACUUCUUGCAAAACUUGUUUAAAAACAGAAGUUCAAAUUUGCUAUAGCAGUUUCUUGCUUUGAGUUAGGAAACAGCAUAUUGUUGGCCAUAAGUUUGCUCAGAGGCUAUUUUCCUUUAUUGGAGAUGACAUUGUUGUAUUACAUGCUUUUGACUUCUUCAAGCAGCAAGUAAAUCAGAAUUUUGCAAUGAACAAGUAAUUCUGAGGCCUCCAAGACAUGACUGUCACAUGGUCCAUAAUAACUGUCCAAAUGUAUACUCUGACUCAGCAGCUCCCAGCCCAAAGUUUACCUGAGAUUUUGUCCUAUUUAUUGUGGCAUUUCCAUGGAUUGUGGUUAAUUGCAGCAUUUUUUAUCCCACAGUAAUUUAAUUGUAUGUCAAAGACUUAUGGAAUUCUGAAGGUUUUUUUGGUUUAUUACUAAAGUUUCCAUCAUCAGAAUAAUUUACUCAUCAAAGCUGGAAAUUGUACUAUGUUUUUUUCAGAAUUCUCAGAUUUCUUCUAAUGAUAAAAGUUCCUUUCACCUUGCAUUGUAGCAUUAGAAGAUAUUUCUUAAAAAAUGAAUCUUGGUGAAUCCAUCUCCCAUUUUUGUUUUCAGAUUUUCUUUAGACAAUACCUGUGUAGCUCCAUUUCUAGCAAUGUGAGUGCACAGUUAUGAUUUAUUAGAAACAGGACUAUUUCCUGCAGAUUCAAAAAUUGAAUCAAUCUCCUCUUUUCCUGAGAGAGGUGGGUUUUGGGUUAUUUUUCAGGAGAAAAAUGAAAACUGGCUGAUUGAACAAAAGAUAACUUGGUUGCAGGCAUGCAACAAGUCUGCUGAGUAGUGUGAUAGUGUUAUCAGAAAAAUGCUUCUCGUAACAGAGCAUUAUUCUGUGAUUGUCUGUUGAGGUUGUUGAGCGUUGUCAGUCGCUGUUUAAGCUGUAGAGAGCUGCCACCAGCAAAAUAACACACAUUAGUUAAUUUUUUUAAAUUAAUAUUAGAAAAAUGAACUUGGAGUGCAAAAAUGCAAUAGUAUCUGAUUCAGUGGAAUUAAAUAGAAUCUGGAUUAUAAUUACCCAGGUAUCCUGGAAUGUAUUCCUUGGGAAGUACUGGGAGAAGAGUGAAGUUGUCCUGGGUUUUUUGAGGACGAUUGAAGUCAAAUGAAAGCCUGAACUGUGGGAUUCUGUUUACUUAAGAUGUGAUAAAAUCAGAACGUGCCAUUCUCCUAUUUUUAUUCUCUCUCACUGCAUCAAAAGUUUCAAGUUUUCAAACUGACUUUUUCAAUCAGCCCCUGAACUGUGGGGCUCUUGAAAAGAGGUGAAAUUUUGUUAUGCCUUUAACAGUGUCUGUUAUCCUAAGACGGCAGGGUUAAAACUGGAGUGGUCAUUGGAGAAUUGUAUUUUCUGACACAACAGUUUUGAAAUUCUUAAGCCUGGGAAUGCUGCCUGUUGCUUCUUGUAGUUUAGACUGCAGUUAUUUCCAGUUGUAAGGACAAUCUUGAGAUCUUACAUGGGGUUUUGUGUGGAAUUAUUGAUUCUUUACAUAGUAUGAAUAUUAAGUUUAAAGACAAUGUGGAAGGUUCUCUGAACUCAGUAUCAUAUAAGUUUUCUUUUGUUGCACAAAAAUCAGGAGCUGUCUUUAAAGGCUUCUUAAUAAGCAAGACUUUAAAGGGCUAAAUAGAUCUUAUUGUCCAGUUUGCCCAAGUGGCUGUCAGAAGGAGCUUUUUCCAUUUUCAAAGCAGAAAUGCUAAGGGCUAAAAUGCUUUCCAGGGCUAAUUUGAGGUUCCAGAGACAUACAAUGUUUGAAAAACAACUAGUCUGUUUUCCUUUCAACUCAUGGACUCUAAAAUAUUUUUUACAAAUGGCUGAACCAAUUGCAGAUGUAAGUGUUCCUAUAUGGCUUGGAUUUUCAGUAUCCAGACUGGAUAAGAGAACACCAGAGAAGGCAGUACACGUACCCUCCACUUUAUUACUACCUUUGCUGAAAUCUAACAACUUUCAAGAACAGUACUGGAAAUAGAGAAGCUUUGAGGAAGAUUCUGCCCCAGGAAAUUGUCACGGAGUAUUUCUUUGUCACAGAACAUUUCUUUGCAACUUAGUUGACCUUUACUUUAGCAACAUCAACUUAGGCAUAAACGUCUCAGAAGUUCAGUGAAUAGAUACUGCUGCAAAUACAGCUUUGUGGAUGCAUCAGAGGCUAUUCAGGACGUUGUGUCUUAAUAAGUACUAUAAUGAGAGAAAGUUUUUCAAAGUUGUUUUGCUGCUUUGGGGGUGAGUGGAAGGGGAAGAGGUUCUGUGACAGUGCUCCCCUUGCCUUAGAAAGCUGAGCCUAAAUUUGACCUAUGACCUGUUGUGAUUUUGAGGUGUAGUUAUCUGAAAUGAGUAAAGAGUAAAUGUAUUUAUUAUUAUGUACAUUCUUGCUACUUUUGAAGAUUUUUCCACAAGCUUAUGCACAACUUUACUCACGUUAACUUGGCUCAUGUGUACUUGCUAGAAUGAAACAAGUGCCAAGGCACUCUUAAAAGAAAUGUUGCCAGCCUCUCUACCUGAAACUGAAACAAGAUCACCAAACUGAAGAAGUAUCAAAUGGCAGCUUUUUCCACCUGCUUCUGUCCUUGUCCUUACCUCAACCUCGCUAUGAAAAAUCUACUUCCUAUGCACUCUUUAGGACCACCUACCCAAUUCACAAAUGUUCUCUUUUUUUACAUUUUCUUCCAAAUCACUGGUCUUAGAAUGAGUUGUGCAUCAGCUGUUUGUGCUUAUACCCAAGUGGCCAUACUUGCGGCAUGUUAUUUUCUGGAUAGUGGACUAGCAAUAACACUUUAUUUUGUGCCAACUCAUUGUCUCUAAAGUGUUCUUACUGCAGCAAAAUUUGAGUUUUGAUUUGGUUUUAAUGCAUUUGCAUUAACCAAAACUCAUAGCACAGACAAACUGAAUUCAGGGAAAUUUCCCUGAAAAAAGAAAUCUGCUAGGGCUUCCCAAAUAAUUUGAAGAUGGUUACAGUUAACCAUCCCUUUCAAAACAAAUGAAAUGUGUGUGGGUACUUUUUAACUUCCUUUUCACAACACUAGUGUAUUGUAAACUGCAUGGAAUAAACCUGUUUUUUCCCUUUUAAA